AUGACCACCCGGGGUGAGAUGCCAGUAGAGACACCAGAGGCGGAGGCAGAGGCAGCAGAGAAUGUAGAGACACCAGAGCCGCAGAUGUGCUCUUUCCUCUCUUCCUCUUUCCUCUCUCCCUCUUUCCUCUCUUCCUCUUUCCUCUCUUCCUCUUUCAUCUCUUCCUCUUUCCUCGCUUCCUCUUUCCUCUCUUCCUCUGUCCUCUCUUCCUCUUUCCUCUCUUCCUCUUUCCUCUCUUCCUCUUUCCUCUCUUCCUCUUUCCUCUCUUCCUCUUUCCUCUCUUCCUCUUUCCUCUCUUCCUCUUUCCUCUCUUCCUCUUUCCUCUCUUCCUCUUUCCUCUCUUCCUCUUUCCUCUCUUCCUCUUUCCUCUCUUCCUCUUUCCUCUCUUCCUCUUUCCUCUCUUCCUCUUUCCUCUCUUCCUCUUUCCUCUCUUCCUCACUCCUCUCUUCCUCACUCCUCUCUUCCUCUUUCCUCGCUUCCUCUUUCCUCUCUUCCUCUUUCCUCUCUUCCUCUUUCCUCUCUUCCUCUUUCCUCUCUUCCUCUUUCCUCUCUUCCUCUUUCCUCUCUUGCUCUUUCCUCUCUUCCUCUUCCUCUCUUCCUCUUUCCUCUCUUCCUCUUUCCUCUCUUCCUCUUUCCUCUCUUCCUCACUCCUCUCUUCCUCAGUCCUCUCUUCCUCACUCCUCUCUUCCUCUUUCCUCUCUUCCUCUCUUCCUCUUUCCUCUUCUUCGCUGCCUCCGUGCCUCUCCUCCGCCCGCGCCGCUCCCCUCCGCAGCCUCGUCGCCACCUCCGCGCCUGCAUCGUCGCCGCUUCGACAGCCGCCGCCGCCUACGCCGCUCCCCUCCGCGGCCUCAUCGCCGCCUCCAUGCCCGCGCGGCCUUGCCGCCGCCCGCGCCGCUCCCCUCCGCGGCCUCGUCGCCGCCUCCGCUGUGA